UAGUAUAUUAUUGGGAAGUUUAGACCAGUUUCACUCGCUUCGCUCGCUCACUGGUUUAAACUUCCCAAUAUGGUUUGGUAAACCAAACCCAUGAUCUAGAAAGCCUCAUAUCAUGUAUGGAUUGAGACGAUUAACAAUUUGGUCUAGACUUCCCAAUCGGGUUUGUUGGACCAUCGAACGGAGAGCGUUUUACUGUUUAAUUUCGAACGAGACUCCGUUCCGUUCCCAAUCGCGUUUAUCGAAUGGUUGAAACUUCCCAAUAGAGUUUGGUAAACCAAACCCAUGAUCUAGAAAGCCUCAUAUCAUGUAUGGAUUGAGACGAUUAACAAUUUGGCCUAGACUUCCCAAACGGGUUUGUUGGACCAUCGAACGGAGAGCGUUUAACUAUUUAAUUUUCGAACGAGACUCCGUUCCGUUCCCAAUUGCGUUUAACGAAUGGUCGAUUGUAACCGCGUUUCUUAGGCUGUUCAAGUCUUACUGUAGUUCAAAACGUAAUACCUCAUUAUGAAACAACAUUCAUAAACAAAGGACGCGUUUGUAAUUAAUUAAAAUAUGAAAUUCGUUAAGCAACCCCAAACCCUGCAGCUCGAUAUAGUAGCUUCGAACAGUCAGAAACAAAAUUCCUAUCAUGGAAAACUUUUACCAAACACAAUCAGAGCCAUAAUUUGUGGACCUUCUAAUUGUGGCAAAACUAAUUUAAUGAUUGGUCUUCUUUUACAUGAAGAAGGGUUGCGUUUUCAAAAUGUUUAUGUAUAUUCUAAAACUCUAUUUCAACCCAUGUACAUUUAUUUAGACCACGUGUUGUCACUAGUUCCUGACGUAAACUAUUUCAAGUUUCGUGAAAGUGACGAAGUGCUUAGCCCUCAGGACGCUGCUAAUAACUCUAUUAUCAUAUUUGACGAUGUUGCUUGUGAAAAACAAAACAAUAUUAGAGAUUACUUUUCAAUGGGCCGACACAAAAAUAUUAAUAGUUUUUAUCUGAAUCAAACUUAUAGCAAAAUACCUAAGCAAUUAAUAAGAGAUAAUGCAAAUCUUAUUAUUUUGUUUAAACAAGACGAAAUUAAUUUAAGACAUGUUUAUGAUGAACAUGUUGGAACCGAUAUGCAAUGGAAUCAGUUUCGUGAGAUGUGCGCUACUGUAUGGGACAAACCGUACAAUUACUUGGUAAUAAAUAAGGACUGUACGAAAGAUUCAGGAUGUUAUAGGAUGGGCUUUGAUACGUUUAUUACUCUAGAUUAGUGUAUUUAGUGUGCAUGUCUUUUCAUUAACUACCAUUGCUUAAUACAAUUUCAACGAGGUUGCAUUGAAAUGAAUCAAGAGAAAAAAAUAAAGGAAAAGUUACUUCAGUCAGCUGAAGUCGUUAAGAAAAAGGUCAAGUUAAUUCGUGAUAUAAAGACCACUAACGAUAUGGCAUUGGAAUCAGUUCUAAAGCCAAUAACAGAACCUCUCAAUGAAAUGGCUAAAGGUAAUAAAAACUCUACCAAAGAUCAUUUUGAUGAGGAUUAUAAGGGUUAUUUUAAGAACUAUUACAAAAUGGAUGGCAGUGAAAGGAAAAACUAUGCAAAGCGGUUAAAAUUUAGUCCUGAUGGUAAUAGUCAAACUGUUAUGAAUAAUUCAGAGAACUUAAAACGAGGAGAUAUCUACGAUGAAAGUGAUAGCACUUUGAAUGAUAGUAUUAAUAGUGAAGAGUCAGAUAAAUCAACUGACACAUCUUUUAAGACUUCUGAUUCAUUUUCUCCUCGAGACAAUGUUGAUGGGCAAAACAUUUUCGAUAAUUUUGAAAACAUACCUUUUGGCGUGCGUAAAGAACAUGGUAAAAUUAUGCUCGGAUCUCACGUGGUAACUAUUAAUAACAAAGGACUUGAAAUUAACGGACGUAGUUACAAUUUAACCCCUGGCUUAAGUGAAUUGCUAUUUAAAAAAAUACCUAGUUUAGAAAUUAUAACAGACGAAGAUAAGCGUAAUUACAAGUUUCUUCUCUUACAAACAAACGCUCAUAGACGUGAUUUUAACCCUAAUAAACCUAUAAAGAGUAACAAAGGUAGAAAAUAUCUUCAAAUUAUAAAACCCAUGUUUAAAUUAUCAAAAGAGCGUUUAACUAGUAAUGAGACCUAUACUCAUGGACAAGGACUCCCGAUUAUGAAAAAAGUAUGCAACGAUGUUUCGUAUGUAUAUUGGGAUGAUCCAAAUGAGCUGGUUGAUAGGUUAAAAUUACUGAUCGCAUCUCGUGAUGCUGGUAAUACAGGUCUGGAUAAUGAAAUAAUUUCGAUAAUUGAAGAAUUACAUGAAUCAGGUGUACUGAACAAUAUAUAA